CAUCAUCUGCUGCAUCGCCUGCACGCAAUUUCUUUAAUUUAACCCCUCUCCAAUAGUGUAAUUUCCUGUUCUUCUCAUUCAAAAUUUCCCAGAACAGGUCUCAAAACGCAAAAGCUUGCUAACAAAGAAAGCAGAACAUGGCGAGUGAAAACCAGAAACACAAACUCCACAUAUUCUUCUUCCCUUUCCUUGCUCAUGGCCACAUGAUCCCCACUGUUGACAUGGCUAAACUCUUUGCUAGCAGAGGCGUCAGAGCUACCAUCAUCACCACCCCUCUCAACCUUCCUCUCAUUUCCAGAUCUAUCCAACAGUCCACACUUCUUGGCCUUCCCAUCAACCUCCUCUCCAUCAGAUUCCCGUGCGUCGAAGCUGGCUUACCAGAAGGCUGCGAAAAUGCUGACGCUGUAUCUUCCUAUUCUAUGAUUCCCAACUUCUUCGAAGCAACCACGAUGCUUCAAGAGCCUCUGGAGCAGCUCCUGCGAGAACAUCACCCAGAUUGCCUCAUUGCCGGUUCGUUCUUUCCGUGGGCCACUGAUUCUGCAGCCAAAUUUGGGAUUCCGAGGAUCGUUUUUCACGGGACUGGGCUUUUCCCUUUAUGUGCGGGCGAUUCUGUAACAGUCCACCAACCUUACAAGGAUGUCGCGUCUGAUUCAGACCCGUUUGUGAUCCCUAAUCUGCCGGGAAUCGAGAUUCAGAUGACAAGGAUGCUUUUGCCUGCUUUCCUCAUGAGCAAUGAAGAUACUUUCUUUUCCAGAUUGUUUAAAGCUUCGAAGCAAUCCGAACUGACAAGCUUCGGGGUGGUCGUGAAUAGCUUCUAUGAAUUAGAGGGAAUCUAUGCAGAUCAUUAUAAGAAAGUGCUUAGAAGAAAGGCAUGGCACAUAGGCCCACUAUCUUUAUGCAACAGAGACCAGAAUGAAAAAUCAAACAGGGGAAAACAAGCUUCCAUGGAUGCAGGAGACUGCUUGAAGUGGCUUGACUCCAAGAAACCCGACUCUGUUAUGUACAUCUGCUUCGGAAGCAGAUCAGACUUCACCAAACCUCAGCUCAAGGAAAUAGCCGCGGGUCUAGAAGCUUCUGGACAGAAUUUCAUCUGGGUAGUGAGGAGAAGCAAGAAGGAUGGAGAUGAAGAUUGGCUUCCGGAAGGAUUUGAGGAGAGAACGGAAGGGAAGGAGUUGAUCAUUAGAGGUUGGGCCCCACAAGUGUUGAUUCUGGAACACGAAUCGGUGGGUGGGUUUGUCACUCACUGUGGGUGGAAUUCGACGCUGGAAGGAGUGAGUGCAGGUGUACCGAUGGUGACGUGGCCUGUGUCAGCCGAACAAUUUUAUAACGAGAAGUUAGUGACUGAAGUGCUGAGAAUUGGGGUAGCGGUGGGAGUGAAGAAAUGGGUUCCGGUGGUGGGGGAUUACAUAGAGAAGGAGGCGAUCGUGAAGGCAGUGAAAGAGAUCAUGGAAGGAGACGAAGCAGAGGAAAUGAGAAACAGAGCAAAGAAACUUUCGAAGAUGGCGAUGGAGGCUGUGGAGGAAGGAGGAUCAUCCUACUCUGACUUGAAUUGUCUUAUAGAAGAGCUUGUGGGGCGCUCCUAUUGAACUACAUACUGUUUUGUCUCCCAUUUUGCAUUCGACAAAGGUUCCUUUGACUCUUACCAGUGACUCUGCUGUUAACAUUAGCUUGAUGAUGAAUAAUAUUGAGCUUGUUCACCA